AUGUCAGGAAAACAAGCUAUCCUCACCAAAAAUGCACCAGCUCCCCUUCUGGGGAUCUACUCACAAGCAGUAGUCGCCAAUGGAUUCGUUUACUGCUCUGGUUGCGUACCCAUGGACGCAUCAACAGGUAAACUGAUUGACGGAGAUAUCAAAGCGCACACUCAUCAAUGCAUCAAAAAUAUAUCGCAUAUUCUGGAAGCUGCUGGGUCGGACAUCUUGAAGGUUGUCAAGGUCAAUGUUUUCAUAUCUAACAUGGACGAUUUUGCGGACAUGAAUUCGGUCUACACACUUUAUUGGGGCGAUGUGAAGCCUGCCAGGACAUGUGUGGCUGUGAAAACGCUGCCGUUGAAUACUGAUGUGGAAAUCGAGUGUGUUGCUAUUUUAUAG